UGUGACAGGAAAUUCAUGGAUUUAACUCAAUAAUCCCUUGACCAGGUUUAAUUUAUAUUACAUGCAUUAACAUUUCAACCUAAAAUGGCUCUCACAUGAGAGGGCGCAAUGACUAUAAAAGUAUUGUUGAACUUCAACUAUGCACACGCUGAGAAAACACAAUCCUAACCUACCUAAACUAUUGCAAUUAAAAAAGAACAGAAAAAGUAUAUGACACAAAAAGAAUAAAUUAAACAAGAAAGAAUAAAAGUUGGGAUUAAAAUAUACACCAACUCUCACUCCCAAAGUACAACCUCUUGGUGGGUAGCAAGUGCAAGGCUUUGGCAGUCGCGCAACUCUGAAAGCACACAAACAUACACACACUAAGCUAUUAUUUUUGUGUAGUCCUAAAUUGUACUUGUAUAUUAUUACUCAAAAGAAUACCACGCCAAAAACCGAUACUCUGAAUUCCUCCCACCCAUCUAUCCCAUUUACCCAAACCCCCACAUGCUCAGCUCCCCCUUCCAUUUCCCAAUUCACCUUUCCCAAUACCUUCUUCAUCAUCAUCUCCACCACCACUAUUAUCAUUAUUUCUCAUUACUCAUUAUUAUUAUUAUUCAUCCAUUUAUCUAUAUCUUGUUAUGUUAGCUCCAGCUAACUAACUGCGAUGAUAAAGGGUACCAUUGAGAAUUUUCCUGGUGUUGAAAAUUAAAAUACACGACGAUGAUCACUCUAUUGGAUUUCUACCAUGUAAUGACGGCCAUGGUGCCGCUUUACGUGGCUAUGAUCCUAGCUUAUGGUUCGGUUAAGUGGUGGAAAAUCUUUAGUCCCGAUCAAUGUUCGGGUAUUAAUAGAUUUGUAGCGUUAUUUGCGGUUCCACUUCUUUCGUUCCAUUUCAUUUCGAGUAAUAACCCGUACGCGAUGAACUUUAGGUUCAUCGCCGCGGAUACUCUUCAAAAAGUGAUCGUCCUAACCGCGCUUGCGAUCUGGAGUAGGGUAAGCAAGCGCGGUUCACUCGAGUGGACGAUCACGUUAUUUUCACUAUCGACACUUCCGAACACACUUGUUAUGGGUAUCCCUUUAUUAAAAGGAAUGUACGGGGAUUUCUCGGGUAGUCUAAUGGUACAAAUUGUUGUACUACAAUGUAUCAUUUGGUACACGUUAAUGUUGUUCAUGUUCGAAUAUCGAGCAGCUAGGAUGCUCAUAUCCGAACAGUUUCCGGACUCUGCCGCCUCCAUCGUGUCGAUCCAUGUCGACUCCGAUGUCGUCUCAUUAGACGGGCGGCAGGUGCUCGAAACCGAAGCUGAAAUCAAAGAAGAUGGAAAAUUACACGUGACCGUGCGCAGGUCUAAUGCGUCACGGUCCGAUAUUUUCUCUAGAAGGUCACACGGGUUUUCUUCGACUACUCCUAGGCCGUCGAACUUAACCAAUGCCGAAAUUUACUCCCUACAAUCGUCUAGGAACCCGACACCGCGAGGGUCGAGUUUUAAUCACACCGAUUUCUACUCGAUGACUGGUGGUGGUGGAAGGAGGUCAAACUUUGGUGCAGGAGAUGUUUAUGAGUUAGGUUUGACCACUUCUAGAGGUCCCACACCGAGACCUUCUAAUUUCGAGGAAGAUAGUGGGGGUAAUAGUAAUAGGCCUCAGCAGCCGAAGUAUGCACAAUAUCCUGCGCCUAAUCCAGGGAUGUUUUCUCCCACUAAGAAGGAUAAUAGUAGUACUGGAAUUGCAAAAACCAAUAGUAUUACGAAUACGAGUACGACCACGACUACAACUAAUAAUAAUAGUAACGCGGCCGCGAAGAAGGCUAAGGGUGGAGAUGAAGCGGGGAAGGAUCUUCAUAUGUUCGUAUGGAGUGCUGGUAAUUCCCCUGUAUCGGAUGUAUUUGAUGGGCAUGAUCACUAUGGUGUUGCAGCUGAUCAGUCUAUUAAGGAAGUUCGGAUGAAUGUGUCUCCUAGUAAAGUGGAGGGUGGAAGAGAUAAUAAUCAAGAAGAAUACAUGAAUGGAGAUGAAUUCAGCUUUGGAAAUAGAGGAAAAGAAGGAGAAAUGAAAGAGCAUGCGAAAGUGGAUGAUGGAAAGCCCAAAACUUUACCACCAGCUAGUGUUAUGACAAGACUCAUACUCAUCAUGGUUUGGAGGAAACUUAUUAGAAAUCCCAACACUUAUUCAAGUUUAAUUGGUCUUACUUGGUCUUUGGUCUCCUUCAGGUAUCACGUAGAGAUGCCGGCCAUAAUAGCAAAGUCGAUAUCGAUAUUGUCGGAUGCAGGGCUUGGCAUGGCCAUGUUCAGCCUAGGAUUGUUCAUGGCAUUGCAACCAAGGAUAAUAGCAUGUGGAAAUUCGGUAGCAACAUUUUCAAUGGCAGUAAGAUUCCUAACAGGACCAGCUGUCAUGGCUGCUGCUUCCAUUGUUGUUGGCCUUCGCGGCGUUCUUUUACACGUUGCCAUCGUCCAGGUAUAAAGCACAAAACACAGUCAAAUGGGAGUGAAUGAAUAGUGCUAAAGUCAAAAUGUGUCAACUAAAAAAAACGGAGGUAAUAUUCUGUAUCUCAUUUAUAUAUAUUAAUAAGUGAGCUUAACCAAUUCACAUUCGUAUCAAAAAGUUACCACGUGUCAUAAUAAGUGAGGUAACUCAAUUGGGACGGAGGGAAAAGUUACAAUUUUUUCAUUUUAAUAUUCGUCUCAAUUACAUACAUGAUUCGUUAAUGCCAUUAAAAUAGACUACCCUUGUAUAAGUUGUUAUGUUGAGCAUGUAUAUGUUAUCCAAGUAAGAGGCUAAAACUUGAGUUCGAACAACUUAAAAACCUAAGCGAACUUUUUAUCUCUAAACCAAUAUAAUUGGUGCCGGGUGAAAUAACUUUUAAAUCCAUUUUAGUGAUAUCUCUUAUAUUCUCCUAUGUUAUUCGUACAUCGUACUCUAUCAAAAUCGACUCAUCUUCUAAUCCAAGUAAAAAAAAGGCUUGUUGUUGAAUGUAAAUCU